AGAUGCAGAAUUUUAGACAGAAAAAGUUUUAGUUACUGCGAUCGUGCACUGAGCACUGAGUAGUGACUGCACGGGCUAGUACCGCUCUUACAAGACGUCAUAACGUCCCUUGCGUGUGGGUGUGACUGAGCGAUUCUAGUAAGAUGGCUGCGAAAAGGGAGAGUGAUUGAGAAAUCUGACCAACGUUUGUUUAUGACUGGCACAGUACUGCGGUGGACAACUGGUCCGGAAGAUUAAUGAUGUGAAUGAGAGUCCUCUGCUGCCAUUGGUUUAUGUUUACCUUUUUUCAGGAAAAGGCACCUUGUCUGACGUGAUGAGAAUUGUAUUUGCUAGCAGCCCUUCUUAGGCUGUUUAUUCCGUAGAAAUCACUGCUCGGCAACCCGAACGCUAAACGUUGAAAAUACUGGAAAUAAAGCAGGAUACUGACGACCGCAAGCGCCGGAGCACAGGCGAGAGCAGAGGCGUGCAGCACGUUACUGAGAGUCCUGGAGGGACUGGAGUUAUGACUCAGAGCCCCUGAGACGCCAUGGAGCUUUAGCUCGCCCAACCAAACCUCAGUUCAAGAGUGUGUCUGUCUGAGAAUGGAGUGGUGCAGGCUGCAGGCUGGAUGACAGGGUCUGCAGGGAUCUCUGACCGCCCUCACCCCCCCCCUCCUCACACCACCUGAUCGCCUGCGCGCCGCCCCGUCUCUGUGCUGACGGGGAUCCGGAGAGACGGCCACACACACACCUUCCUCCUCCCCCCCCUGCCUCCCCUCGGGCCACAGCAUUGCACACUCCAGGGCAACCGUUCCUCCCCCUUUCUCUUUUCUCACCCCUCCGCCUGUGUAGGAGGACACUCCACCCCUCUUAUUUUGGGGGUUUCCCUCUCCACCGUUCCCGAGCCCCCCCUCCCCUCCCUUCCUCCCCUCCUUUUCUCCCCCUGUUCUCUCCUUCCCUCUCUUCCUCAUUUCCCCUCUUCUCUGAUCCUCUCCUCUCUCCCUCUCUCCCCCCUCGGUGAGCGUGUGAGGGCAGAAUGAGCUGGUUAAGUCGGCUGAACCCGCGGGCCGCCGGCUCUAGGUCGGGCCGAAACGCUGCCCCCUCCAGCCCCUGCACCGCUGACCCGGAGACCUGCCUCAUGGUCUUCCAGAACCACUGGAGACAGGUGUCGUGGGUGCUGGAGCAGAAGGACUCAAUGUCCAGUGGCGCUGACGACUUGACUGCCGUGAGGAACCACACUGACCAGAUGCUGUGCCUGCUGGCCGAGGAGCGGCCCCAGGACCUCGACCCAGAGGUUCUCUCUUCCUCUUCCUCGUCCUCCUCCUCUUCCUCUGCGGCCGUCUCCAUGGGGCCCAUCUUGGAGUUUGUGGUGUCCGAGCGGGUCCUGGAGCGGCUGGUGGAGUGGCACGUGAGCCGCGGCCUGGACCCCGACAGCCAGGGGGCGCUGCUCAAGCUGUUUGAGAUGCUGAUCGGCCAGUCCCAGCAGCCCCUGCUCCAGCACAUGGCCGUGCUGCAGCCGCUGCUCUGCCUGCUGGCCACCUGCGCCGACCCCCAGCUGGGCUGCCCGCCCGCCCUCGAGGCCAGCCUCGUGCUCCUGCUCAACCAGGUGUGUGUGUGCACAGCGCGGGAGCCCAAGGUGUUGGAGCUCUUGUUCCAAGCGACGCCGGCCCCUCAGGGUCCCACCAACCUGCUCAUCUUCUCCCUGCUGGUGCCCUUCAUCCACCGGCACGGCGCCAUCGGCCAGCAGGCCCGCGACGCCCUGCUGCUCGUCAUGGCAACGUCCGCCAGCAACCAGGCCGUGGCCCAGUACAUCACCGAAAACUCCUACUUCUGCCCGGUUCUGGCCACGGGCCUGAGCGCUCUCUACUCGUCGCUGCCGCGGAAGAUUGAGGUGCGCGGGGACGACUGGCACGCCCUGAGGCGCGAGGACUGGAUGGGCGUGUCCUCACUGGUCCUUUUCAUGAACUCGCUGGAGUUCUGCAACGCUGUGGUGCAGGUGUCUCACCCACUGGUGCGCACUCAGCUGCUUGAUUACGUCCACAAUGGCUUCCUGAUUCCAGUCAUGGGCCCCGCCCUUCACAAGUCAUCUGUCGAUGAGAUGAUCGCCAGCACGGCCUACCUGGACCUCUUCCUGCGCAGCGUCACGGAAACGUCCCUCCUCAAAACCUUCCUGCGUUUCAUCCUGCUGCAUCGCCACGACAACGACACCAUCCUGGACACGCUGCUCACACGCAUCAGCAGCAACUCGCGGUUGUGCAUGGUCUCUCUCAGCCUCUUCAAGACACUGCUGUCCCUCAACUGUGAAGACCUCAUGCUACAGCUCGUUCUCAGGUAUCUGCUGCCAUGCACACAUGUGAUGCUGAGUCAGAGGCGUGCGGUUAGGGAGACAGACAUUUACGGCAAGUCCGCAGACAAGUUCCUCUCCCUCAUCCCGGAGUGCUGCCGCCUCACAACAGUGCCAUCUGGUGAGCGGGAGGAUGAACCCGCCUUUUGGGGGAAAGUCCUGGGCAGCCCCAGCGCUGCUGAGUCUCCAGUCCACCCCAGACCCAGCACGCCGUCCCGUCUGGCCCUCUUCAUCCGCCAGCAGAGUUCGGGCGGCGGCGGCGGCGGGUCGGCCAGCUCACCCACGAGCGCCGACCCCACGCCCUCCUCCCCCCGUGGGGCUCCGGCCGCCCCCCUCUCCCCCGACAGCCCCCUGCACCAGGCCCCGGGCUCCGCAGACGAGCCCAACGGGGAGUCGGGCUACCUGGACUACCUGCGGGAUGCUCGGCGGGGCAUCGAGGUGUGCUCCUGGGCCUGCCGCGACUGGUCAGCCCCCUACGACGGCGAGGACCCCUCUCCGAACCUGGCGCCGGCUCCCCCUCCCCCUCCCACCAGCCACCCCAGCCUGAGCCUGGUGCCCGAGCACUUCUCUCUCCAGGGCGGCCUGACCGGUGCGGCCAGUGCGGGCACGGGCUCAGGCGAGGCCGGCCAGAAGGAGCGGGCGGCGGUGGUGGCGGCGGCGCGUUCAGAGUGGAGCAGCUCGGAGCGCGAUAGCGGCGAGUGGGAUGUGACCAUCAGCAAGAACUGCAUCAGCCUGACACCGCGCAGCAAGAAGCGCAGCCUGCAGCGGGACCAGAUGCCACUCAACACCGCCCCGCUGCACCUACCCACCGCUUCCUCCUCUUCCUCAUCCUCAGCAUCAGCAGCAGCAAUGACAAUGCCGACCUCCACUGUGUCCACUUCCACCCCUGCUCCCCCACACCAGGCCCUCUUUAACGGGACGGGCCGGGGGGACAGCUGCCCCGACCUUGCAGACGGGGGCAUGGAGGUGAAGAAGGUGAAGCGGGACGUGGAUUUGGACGCGAGCGUGAGCAUGGGCGGCUCCGGCGCGGAGCCGGGCCAGAACGGUGCGGUGGGCGUGUGCGCCCCCGAGGCUUGCCUGCCGCUACAGGGAGGCGUGAGCUGUGUUGAGGACCGCGGUGGCCCCAGCGCCCUCCAGCAGACGCUCCCGCAAGUGUCCUGCCAGCCUGACGGCCCGCCACUGUCCUUCCCGGCCCCGGCCCCGUCGCUUGACGAGGACCCCCCGAAGCCCACUCCGUCUCCCGUCCCAGCAGCCCCGGAGGCGGCCUUAGCACCAUCGGCCUCCUCCUCCUCCUCCGCGGUGAGCCGGGGGCUGGAGUCGGUGGAGAGCCUGAUCGAGGAGCUCUUGGAGCGGGCACCCACUGCAGCGGCCCCACAGGCUGGGGACUCCAAUGGCCAGGGCAUCAGCAUCGAGGCCUUCCACCAGGAGCUGCGCGAGCUGGAGGAGCGCGUGAGGGAGCGCAGGGCGGUUGCCCAGGCCCUGGAGGAGCUGGCCAGAGAGCCGCCUGGCCUCGAGCACACAGAGGACGAGCUGCAGCCGCCGCCCACGCCGCUCGAGGCUGAGUCGGCCGCCGGCGAAGCCAAGACGGAGAACGCAAUGGGAGGGAUGUUCAGUCCUGCCAGGCCCCUGGGCCAGCCGGCCGCUCCUCCAUACACUGGACCGUUUAUUAUGGUGUUGUUUGCCAAGCUGGAGAACAUGCUGCAGAACUCUCUGUACGUGAACAUCCUGCUGACAGGCAUAGUGUUCCAGCUGGCCUGCUACCCGCAGCCUCUCAUCCGGUCCUUCCUCCUCAACACCAACAUGGUCUUCCAGCCCAGUAUCAAGUCCCUCAUCCAGGUGCUGGGCACGGUAAAGAACCGCAUCGAGGUGUUUGCCGCCAUGCACGAGGACUUCCCGGCCAUGCUGAGGAAAGCCCGGCGCUACCUGCUGGCCCGCGGCAAGCUGGACUGGAGCGACUCGCCCACCGCUUUGCCCAGCCUGCGCCGCUCCGACUCCAUGGGUGAGGUGAAGAGCCGUAAGCCGUCUCUGGGCGACCUGAUCUUGCGGCACACCAACAGCCCGACCCGUGCGCGCAAUGCCGCUCAGAUGGCCCUGGCGCACGUGCGCGACGGCGGCCAGUCUCUACACAGCGCCCUGUUCCGCGCCACCACCUCCUCCACCGCCUCUAGCCUGGAGCGGCAGGCCGAGGCGCUCCGGGUCAAGAACGCCGUCUACUGCGCUGUGGUCUUUGGAGAGUUCCUCAAGGAGCUGGCGGCGCUCGCCCAGGAGCAUGCCGUCGCCUUGCCCUUCCCCCGCAGCGGCACUGGUGCCGAGGAAUGACCACACACACACACACACACACACACACACACACACACACACACACACCACAAUGACCCACAAACUGGCAUUUUUUUUCUUGCCACAUGAGGGCAGUAAUAAGUUUAAUCGAACUGAGAGAGAAGCCUGUUGGGAUUUUUUAAUUGUUUGUGGAAAUUGCACAAGUGGCCUGUGCAUAUUUGUGUACAUACCUAUACAUAGAAAGAGUAUAAAUAUAUAAGAUAUAUAGAAUAUUUAUGUGUAUGAUGGGUUUUAUAUGCACAGAGACUGUGAACGCUGAACUGCUAUUUCCUGGAAAUGGUAUUCACACCUGUGUACACAAACACACACAUACACACUGUGUGCAGAGCUCUGCCACUGUAGAACUGUAUUCUAGCGGCUCAGCUGAAUGAAGUAGUUGUCCACCUGUAGUGCACGGCGAUCUCCUCUCAGCUCUGUAUGGCUGACCGCCCUCCCUCAGUCCAGUCUGAUACGGGACAGGAGAGGGCUCCCUGAAGUCAGAUCCUCAUUCGUUUUCUACACAUUUUUAAAACCCUGUUUGUCUCCGUGUGUUAGACAAGCGUCCAAUGAAUGCAUUCGUGGAAAACAUUUUUUGUUUUUGUUUUGUUGUUGUCAAAAAGGAAUAAGGGUUCACCUCUCACAACAUGGGGACAUAAAUGAAUCAUGAA